AUGGAUUCCAGUUCAACCUUUAGGCCGAUCUCUAUAUCGGACGAGAAGGAUCUUAGUGUACCCUUUUUAGUGGAUUGGAUACUCGCGGUAAUAUUAUGUAUAUUGGCGCCAUUUUACUUAGGUAGAAUUCUAGCAUGGGUGCUGACAAAGGGGUUGGACUUCUGGGUAUGGCGUCAGUAUAAGAUUAAAAUAAACCUACAAUCAAUAAAGGUGUCCUUUCUAGGUGGACGAAUCUUCUUCAAGAAUUUAACAGUAGUCUCGAAUGAUUUUACAAUCUCAUUUUUAGAGGGUAGUUUUACCUGGAGAUAUUGGUUAUUGCAUACAAGGAUUCGCGGAAUAGAUUUUGAAAGUGAAGAUGGAGAUGCGAGUGAGAACGCUAAACUUCCUUGCAGGUUUCUUUUACAAUGCGAUGGUCUCGAAGUUUUCGUAUAUAACAAAAUUGACGUUUACGAAUCAGUACUAAGAGAUCAUUUCACCAACGUCACGAAAGAUGGCCAGGAAACGGAAUCAAACGAUGAUAUAACUAUAAAUACAGAAAAAGCUGCUGCAAAUUCCAAAUUAUCCAACAGUUCAAGAUAUAGUUAUUCUGGCCGCUCAAAGAGCACGGAUGCACCCAAAUUAUCUGCCAAAACCAAGCUGUUCCCCAUACAGCUUGAAGCUAACAGGGCAGCUAUUGUUUUGGGUAAUAGAAACACCAGACAUGUAGGUGUUUUCAAAUUCGAGCAAGCAAAAGGUGUUUACGAUAUUUUUUCCUCAAUUAGCGAUCUGGACUACUACAGGACGAAAAUAUCACUGGAUUUAUACGACGCCCUAUUUGAGUUAAGAACAAAUUUAGGAUACCAGAAUGACAAUCCCAUCAAGACUUUUGUAGUUGAAAAAACUAUGGAUAAAAUUUGGCAGACUGUCAAAAAACAAUGCAUUUCGAUUUCAAAGCUUUUGCUACCCAACCAAGGCAAAACAAUAAACAAUCAACAGGCGUAUAUAGAUUCUUGGAAGGGUCUCGAUCUAUAUCACCACACCAAAGCAGUUCAAGAGGAAAAUGUCGAUACGACAGUGCUUCAUGAACAGGAAUAUGCACGCUACAGCAGAGUGAUGAAAGCAGAGAGAGUUUCUUUGACAUAUUACUUUGACAUACCAGGAAUUGUACCUGCUAACAGCUCUUCCAUCAACUCUCAGAGUGAUAGGGAUGAAAGUUUGAAUUGCAACCAAGAUGAUGACACACCGGCUUUCGGAACUGACAUUCACAUUUAUACAGCAGCAGUAUAUUAUGGCCCCUGGGCUCAUAAACAUAUGCAGGAUAUUAUACGGCUUUUUUCUCCAAUAGUAUCCCGAGAUCAAAUGAAAGCUACAAAACCCGAACCGGGAUCGUUAAGAAUCUACGAAAACUUCAAAUUAUCUGUGGAUUUUCGAGACAAAAGCGUGUUGCACAUUCCAACUAGAGAGUCUAGUAAAGAUGAAGAGUUCAUCAAAAGAUAUAAAACAACUGGAGAUACUCAUAGGGCCUUUGGUUGGCUUAAUGUUUCUCUCAACGAGGGAGGAGAGAUUCUUUUCAAUCUUGCAUUAUGUUCCCAAGCCGACCGGCUACCAAAUGAGCUCUACGUCCUUUUACUAAAUCCGGAAAUAAAAUCUAGUGUUAAUCAUGAAGUGCUAUUUAGAUGCAACACCCAGACUAUUAAAGCGAAUAUUGGAUAUCCAACAGGUUGGAACAAACAGGCGGACUGGUUGUUUGAGCUUGAUAGUAGGACUGCAGAACUGUUUCUUCUCCGAGAUCAUAUUAGCUUAAUUUCUGAUCUUUUUACCGAUUUUUCUGCGAAUGAUGCUCUGAGAUAUGAAUUGUUUAGACCCUUCACUUACGAGAUAAAGUGGGUUUUUACAGAAUACAAACUAUUUCUGAACGUAAAUGACGCAAAUAUCAUCAAUAACCUUCUUGAUUUGAAUGAGAAUUGUUUUUUGUCUUUGAGCGGUGACAUAUUGAAUACGUCAAUUAAUCUCCCAUUCACGUCAAUUGUCAAGGAGCCACACGAAACUACUUUCUUACUCAAAAGUCCUCUUGUAAAGCUCUCUAUACAUCCUCCGUGUUGGAAUACUCUCCAUGAAUUCCUCUCUGAAACGACGUUUGGAGAAUGCCCGGACUUUUCAAUGACAGGAACUUAUAUUUCAUUUCCGUCGGUUGAUGUUGACAACACGGACACGAUACUUAUCGAUUUUCGAAGUUCCUCUACGAAGUUCUUGUCCUUUGGAUUUGUGCUCAGAUACUUAAUGAACAUCAAGCUCAAUUAUUUUGGGGACUUUAACCAUUUUAAAACGACAGAAGAAUACAGUAAUGAUUUGAGUAUGGAGGAAGACACCAAAACUAAAACCAAAAACUUUCAAGAGCAACCGACUAAUGAUGUCGAAUCAUUGACUUCUUCCUCGAGUGAUGGCUCAUAUCAGGUUGCUGACACCAUUAAUGAAAAUACUAUUCACAAAUCAUCGCUAUUGAGAACCAAAAACGAGACAGACGUUUGGAUCACCUUUUUCGUUAAUGAUGGAUGCAUAAUAAUUCCAGAAAACCUUUACGAUUGUCAAAGGUCUUUCUUAUUAUCAUUCCGUAGGUUGGAGUUUGAUAUGAGAUAUACUAAUUAUUUUAUGGAUUUGACAGCUUUUUUCUCAAGAAUAUACUUAAAUCAUAGUAAUGAAUUUUCCUUUAAUAGAGUUGUGGCGAUAGAGGAAUCUCAUUCAGAAAACACUGGUUACCUAGAUGACUUAAAUUUGCAUGGUCAUAGGAUGUUUGGUGUACCUCCAGUGGAAGAAACGUACCUUUGCAAAUGGGACAUUUCAAUUGGCUCGCUUUCUACUGACUCUGAUGGACAGUUUUUAUUUUCAUUCCUGGAAGCUAUUCAAAAAGUGGGAUUUACGUAUAAAGAUGCCGAAAAUAUUCUGAUAUACAGCAUCCACAAACCAGAGGAUGUAACAUCAUUGACAAUAUCAAUUGGAAGAGUUUCCUCCAUUGUACGUACCAAUCACGGCGGGUCUGCGACUCUGUCAUUAAAUGAUAUCACUAUCAACUCCUGGGAUCUAAGUAACUCAAGAUAUUCAAAACGAGUUGACUUACUGGUGGCUGCUAUUUCAGUUUGUGCGAUAGAUGAAAAGAAGACUGUUUUAUUCACCUGCGACACCGCCGUAGAGCUCACUAAAUUCGUUGUUCGGAGCAAUAUGAAAAAUCAUCGAGUGACACAACAGAACUGCGUACUUUUAAAUGAUUCCCCUUUCCACCGAUGUAAGUUUCUUUUAGCUUUUGAUCAGCUCAAUCAUUCUACCCUAUAUGAUGAUCUACUUGGAUCAAUUACUCCUAGCAUUUCUUUGCCCACACUCUCAGAACCAUUAACGUUUCAGACUUUCGAUAAUAUUUACGAGCGCUUAUUGGGGAGUUAUAUUAACCUUAUCAAUUUUGACACUGACAUUAUAGAUACUAAAAAUCUUACAGAUGAUAGACCUGAUGAUAAACGUCUUUUACCGCUAUCGAAUACUGUUUCGAAUGACUUAAGUGGACAGCUUGCCGAAGAAUUUGAAUCGGAAAAUACAACUGUGAAUAUUUCAACCUUGUCCGUUUUUGUUACCCCCAAGGCAUUUACCUUCGCUGAAAACGCCGCUCAUUUCAUGCUAACAAUGUCUACUGAGAGCAUAAUGGACUAUUUUGAAAUGAACAUUGUUAAUAUAUUCUCCGUAGGUCACAUUACGAACGGAAAGUUUUUUAAUUCAUCUGUCAUGCUCAAAAACGUAAAAGUUAACAUAUCCGAUGAAACUGCACUAGACAAAACACAAUUGGAAGCUCUUGACCGCUUAGAGCUUUCAGUAUCAAAUAUAUCAGUAAUUUCUAAAAUUUUAAAAUAUCCACAGAACCUAGAACAGAGCAAUGAGAGUACAGGAAUUACAGAUGACUCUACGAUUUCGUGCAAUUUCGAUAGUCUACAGUUUAACAUUUUCAAAUCUUCAAAAAAUAGGUUAACCAAGGUGCUACCGAUUGCCUGGUUUGAGAUAUUGAUGUUCAAUACAGUAUUAUUUUCCGAUGUAGGGAAAGUUUCGAAAUUAAUUUUCGGUUCUAUCAAAUCAGCUAUUUUAGACGCAGAUGUCGAAUGGACGGUAGAGUAUCUCCUUAAACUAGCAAAAGCAUUUUGCAAAGAAGGAAAGUCAUGUAUCGAAUUAGGCAAGUUAAGAAGCAUCGACAUGAAAGAAACAAUUAUCCGGGUUGCUGAAUUGGGAAAGAUUUCUGGUAUCGACUCAGUCCCUUACAUUAUUACCAAACCAGCAUAUAUUACGAGAUUGUCAAAAUUUCAUGUGCGUGAUACUGCAAGCUGGAAGAUCAUAACGCGGCUAAGACAUGUUUCUAAGCAUACGUCGCAUGUGUCCGAAACAACUUCACAAUGCGAUGACAUCCCAGAGGAAGUUAGAAACAUCUGCAAGGAUAAAUCACAGUUUUUGGAUAUAUUUGUUGACUGGAAAAAUUGGGAUGUGUAUGAAGUGGAACAAAGCUCAUUGUUUACAUUACUAUUUUCAGGUGAGAGUACUGUUCAUGAGGAGGAUUUAUUCAAUGAAUUAUCGCUAUCAUUGGAAAUGCUACAUUUGGAACUGCCAUAUGCACCACAGCAAUCCUCAAUCAUUGCCAAACAAAUUGAUUUGUGUGUAAAAAAGAUGUCACAUGAUGCGAUACUAGACUUCGAUACAAUGGGAUAUGAUAAGAAAGAAAUAGACUUCGAUUUACUAAUUUCCUAUGCUGACAUACGCGCCAGUAUGCAACUUAUUGAAAGAAUUAUUUUGUUGAAACAGAAGCUUUUCCCUCAAAUUACCGACAUUGAAAACAAAACAAAUCGUUGGGUUUCAAAAAUUUAUCAGACAUCUUUUCGAAUAUCUCAGCUGACUUUGCACAUGCUAAUUGAAAAAUAUAUGAUGCUUUUGGACCUACAAGACUUGUCAAUUGCGGGUUUAGAAACAUCAUCUGAAAUAAAUUCGUUGUUAUCUGCCAAGUUCUCAUCAGAAACUCUUUCAUUCAAUUUGUUGUAUCUUGACCGUAUCAUCUCAAGAAUUCUGCUUGAGAAAGUUACAGCAAAUUUCUUUGGCACAGAAAAUGAAAAUAUCAGGUUCUUCACUUCAAAUAUUGGUAGUGUAGUACUAGACUCAUCAGACCUAACCUUAACCGAAAUGAUGAAGCAUGCUCGGGCCCUCCUAGCUUCAAUAGAUGAUAUGAAAGCCAUUACUCCCGACCAUGAUUCAGAAAAAAAAAAUGGUCACGUCGACUUAGUAUGGGUUCUCUCCCUGAAGGUUGGAUCAUUGCAACUUCAAACUUCGGCUUUUGUUCCUUUUAUUAUACGCAUUCUGAUCAGUGGUUUAGACUUCAAUUUCAAAAAUCUUUCUGGUAUUUCAAUUAUUGUGAAUUAUACAGAGCUUUUGUUGGACUUCUAUUUUAACCAGUUGAAAUUGUUGCGAAUCUCCAAUUCUGUCACGAAGGUAGAUUAUAGAAGUAAUACUUUGCUGACUGACAUUGGAUUAGACACUGACAUCGUGAAAUUGACACUAUCAGAUAACCGUGUUUACAUUGAAGAACUCACCGACAGUCUAAAUGGUACGGUAUCUGAACUAAUUAAGAUUUUCAAGAACAAGAAUGCAGACAAUGAACCAGCUGCACCAAAGUUCAAGCCUUGCAGUUUUAAAAUGAAUGCAAUAUACAUUGGCCUGCUAACUGACUUGAAAACAACAAAUUAUGUUCUAGAAUUUAAUGAAACUGCAUUCUCUUGCGCAUCAAGAGCAGAGGCUUUAGAAGAAACGCAUGCAAAUGACAAUCUCCGCGAGAUGUCGUUGGUAAUUCAAAAUGUUUGUAUCCUUGUACUAAAUCCCGAAGUUUUGCCAACUUUGUCUAAGAUAUUCGAUAUUGGAUUUGCACUGAAACUUAUAGAAGACGAUAUAAAGAAGACACUACAGAUAGAAACCCCUCAUUCGAGAGUUAUGUUGGCCCCUUCCACGCUUAUUGCUGUAAUAUUCUUCAUACAGGAAGCAAAAGUUUCACUUCAGAAAGUUAAACAAAAGGGAAAGUUUAACAGUUCUUCCAAUGCAAUCGAAAUUCCUCCUUACUUCGAGACAUUAUCAGUCAACAUUCUUUCCAAUAAACUAUGUCUCGGUUGGAUCUUCGAGGAAGAUACCGAUGAAAAUGGGAUAGUAAUUGGAUACGAAAGCUUGUUCGCUGCGUACGAGAAACCUUACGGAAAACUUACUAUUGUCGAUGGGUAUGUGGCUACGGCACAAGGGAAGGAAUCCAAUAACUUCUUUUUUGCAAAUGGCGUUCCAGAACUGAACCGAAGCCAUUUGUCCAGCAUGCAGAUAAAUUUUUGGUUUUCUGGUCAAUUCAUAGAAAAAGACUUGUUUGUUCGAAUGAACGCAGACAAGCUAGAUGUCAGAAUACUGACAACUUCGGUAGAAAUUGUAAACGUUAUGAGGUCUUCAAUAGAGAGCUUUCAAAAGAAGCUGGCAAAAAUCAGUAAUAUUAAGAAAAGUUCGAUAUCAACACAUAAUGUGGCUGAGAAUUUAAGUGACAAAGUCUCAAUCCUUUCAAUUCGUUCAAUAAAUUGUAUUGCCAAAUAUGGAGGUGGUAUAAUAAAUCUUUACACUCCCGAUGAUAUUGCACAAGAUUCUCCCAAAUCGUCGCUAGAGCUCACUAGUCCAUCAAUAGAAGUUUCCUUGGACUAUAUGCACAACUUCCCUUCGCAGAAGCAGCAUUGGAUCAGAAGUCUAGUAAAUGUUGAAUCAACUCACAACAUUUUGUUUUCAUCCUGCGUUCCAGUUUUAGUAAAUCUCACAACAGAAAUCCAGAAACAGAUGGAAAGAUUUAACUCUGAAAAGAAGCAAUUGGUCCAUAAAACUCAAGAACAGACAACUAAUACUCAGCGCAUUUCUUUCGACUACAAAAAUUUAUUCAAAAAAAUUGACACAGCGAUAGUGAUAAACGUUGGAGCUCAAAAUAUCACAUUGACAUGUGAGCCAAGAGCAAAAAUUCAAGCAGACCUAGGCUUCAGUAACUUCAGAAUCUCGAUGUUUACCGACUCACCAGAUCAUUCCGAACCGCUGUCUCUAUCACUACAAUGGUCAGAAAUUGAAAUCAGUACCAGACAUAUUUUUUCUCGUGAAAUCAGUUCUUCAGCGGGUAUAAAUGAAGUAUAUCUUGAUUUUAUGUUAACACACGAAAACACCAUCAAAACAUAUGGAAAUACUCUGAUAUCCGACAUGAAAUUUUACGUUAAUAUGAAACAGUUGCAAGAGAUCACUUUAUUUCUUGACAUAUGGUCUCCAAAGACUAAAAAAGCUCAGAAACUAGGAUCUGGACCACACUCUGGGCAAAAAUGCCAACCUCAAGCUCUGACCGAAUUCACAACUCCUAAAAUUCCGUGGAUUUACCAAAUAAUCUUCAAAAACACUUCAGCUGUAAUUGAUAUGGAUCCAUCGCUAGGUUCAAUUAAUUUCAAAGUGCCUACAUUUUGGAUAUCGUCUCACCACAGAGUUGAUUGGUCUCACUCUGUCAGCUUUUAUCUGGAUGAAUUAAACUCGAAGUCUGAUGGUCGUUUAGGUGGAUUGUUUGAAAUUAAAAACAUAUUUUUUGACUCUAGUAUAAGCUGGCCGGUUAAAGACAAUAAAUUCGAGGCGCCUUUGAUAAAUUUAGCCUUCAAAAUGAGCCACCUGUCUUCAAAAAUUGGAUUCGAUUACCACUCUUUUUUAAUCGCUCGUGUGUCGGAUUUGCAAUUAGCUAUUCGUAACGAGAGGGAUGAAAGUGGAUUAUUGAAAGAUUUGUUAAUUGUAUCCAUGUCAUUUGGAUCCGUUAAUAUUUUCUUAACGGCUUUGGCUUCUGCUAAUCUCUACGAUAUCUAUGCAACAUUUGCCAGAAUGAGGAUCGAAAAUAAAAAGUCUUACGUACAGACCCUAAAGGAAUCAAAUCCUGAAAGUUCGGGAAAGAUUCAUUUCUCAAAUAAUGAAUUACUGGCGCCACUUCGUUUAAGAACUAAUUUGACUGCUGAAAUAGGAUCUUUCAGGCUAUAUGUUUUUCCAAGUACUUUAUUUGAUAGCGAAGUAUUGGUGCUGAAGGCAAAUAAAAUGAAUGUUGAAGCCGCAACUCAGACUGAGCAAAAAACGAAAACAGAUCUAACAUGGCAAAUACGCGACAUAAAUAUCAGUUUGGCUCAGUUUAAGAAUGAGUUAACUGAAGAGCAGUUUGCUGAAUUGAGCGUCGAAGAGUACAACAGACAAGCUGCUCUUUUAGAAGGAGACAUAAUUCUAGCGGCUCCCUCAGUAUUUGUUGGAAUUACCACUUGGCAGAAAAUCCCUGACACAGACAUUGAGUUCUUGUAUUCCAGUAGUUUUGGGGAUAAAGUCGAUAUCAAGUGGAAUCUCGACCCAAUUAACUUCAUCAGGGAAAUGUGGGCGACCCAUGUACGUGCAUUAUCUGUAAGACGAGGUCACACUGAGCCAUCUCCAUCAAAGCCCUUUUUCGAAGACGAAAACAUUGCUGAAAAGAUCAAAAUUGUGAAUCUUGGCACAAAAUAUAAAUAUAUUCCUUUGGAAGAGCCACACAUCGAGAUGCCACUUUUAAGGGAUCUAGGAAAUGCUACACCGCCUAUUGAAUGGUUUGGAGUUAACAGGAAAAGAUUCCCUGGUAUGGCACAUCAAUUGAUAGUGGUUCCAUUACAGAAGCUAAUCUAUGUUGCUGAAGAUCAGUACAAUCGUACAUUAGGGGAUAAUUUAGGAACUAUGUAA